GCUGUCGUAUCAGUGGCAGCAGUUUUUGCUCGAGCCCCUCGACACUCUUCCCCCUGUGGCCCCCGAUCCCGCGACAGAAUCUCUGAGGAAUGGAGGUCCUUCAGGAGAGCAGCCCCGCCGCCCCCGCGGGCCCCGCCGGCCCCGACCUGACCGAGGACCUGGCCCAGCAGCUGGAGGACAUCAUUAACACCUACCAGGCCGCCCAGAUCACAGCUGAGCCCGAGGACGGAGACGAGGUCACGCCGGCCAAGGAGCCGGACUCCCGCAGGGACCAGAAGGCCGAGAAGAAGAUGCUCAAAAACCUCGGGAAGGAAGCCAUGCUGCUGAUGCAGAGCUUGAACAAGCUGGGCUCGCCGGAGCAGAAGCUGGAGGCCAUCAUCAAGAAACACGCAGAGCUGCUGGAGGAGCAUCGGGGGGACCAGAAGCAGAUGAAGGUUCUGCAGAAGAAGCUGCUCCAGGUGAUGAAGGAAAAGGACCAGCUGCAGAGCGAGCACAGCCGGGCCGUUCUGGCCCGAAGCAAGCUGGAGUCGCUCUGCAGAGAGCUGCAGAGGCACAACAAGACGCUGAAGGAGGAGACCCUGCAGAGGUGCAGGGAGGACGACCUGAAGAGGAAAGAGAUCACCACCCACUUCCAGGGGACGCUGAGCGAGAUCCAGGCCCAGAUCGAGGAGCACAGCAGCCGCAACACCAAGCUGUGCCAGGAGAACGGCGCCCUGGCCGACAAACUCAAGGGACUCAUUUCACAGUACGACCAGCGAGAGGCGAACCUGGAAAAGGUGUUCAAGCACCGAGACCUGAAGGAGAAGCUGCUGGAGACCAAACUCACGCAGGCCAACCUGUUCCUGAAGGAGGCCGAGGACAAGCACAAGCUGGAGAAGGAACUGCUGCUGAAACAGGUGGCCGAGUGUAAACUGCACAUGCGGGCCCUGAAAGAGCAGGAGACCGACAUGAAGGGCCAGCUGGAAAUGUACUCCAAGAAGUUUGACGAGUUCCAGGGGACGGUGUCCCAGAGCAACAGCGUCUACAGCGGCUUCAAGCAGGACAUGGACAAGAUGGGCAAGAAAAUGAGGAAGCUGGAUAAAGAGUGCCAGUCGUGGAAGAGCCGCUUCGACGGCUGCAACAAGAGUCUGGUAGAAAUGGUGGCAGACAGAGCCAUCAAGGAGAAGGAGUUCGAGCUUCUGGCCGUCAAGAACCAGAAACUGGAGAACCUGUGCCGGGCCUUGCAGGAGGAGAGGAAGGGCCUUUACGAGAAGGUCCAGGGAGCACAAGGCGACACGGACGGCGCCGACCCGACACUAAAGGCGGGCCCCGAGGCCCCGGAGGCCCCGGAGGCCCCGGAGGCCCCGGAGGCCCCGGAGGCCCCGAAAGAGGAGCAGCCGGCCCACAACGCCGCGGCCAAGCCGGCGUCUCCGCGGACCGAGCAGCUGGCCAAGCUGAAGGCCGAACAGGCCCGGCUGAAGGAGAUCGCCUGCUCCUUCACCAUCUCUCACGCACCGACGGAAACACCGAGCCAAUCACACGGACUCUCUGAGGGCGACCAGGAGCCCGAGGUUCAACACACAGACCCAGAGCUGGGAGACCUCAACAUGGUUGAUUAAUGCUCCCCCCCCCGUAUGAGAUUCAUAAUAAAGAGAACAAUAAUGA